CGGUUGUAAUUACUAUUCGUCGCUAUGUCAUAUAUAACUUUCGUUCGUCGCAAUGUCGUUUAGUGUGGUUUAAAGUAAAAAAAAGUGUGUCACCACAGUGUGAAAAAAUCUUGUUGCCAAAUGUCGCUACCACUGGUGUUUCUCUAUUUAUUUUUUCCCUCGUCAUCAGUUUCAAUCAAUAUAAAAAAUAAUGUUUGCACUAAAGUGGCCUCGUAUCACCUUGCGCCAAUCAGUCCAGACUGUAGAUACAAUCCUGAUGUUUUGUCCGAUGUUCAAGCAAUGUCACAACGACAUGGCUACAGUUUUGAAAAAUUGCCAGUCACAACUGACGAUGGCUACAUAUUAAAUAUUUUCAAAAUUUCGUCAAAAAAUUCAGUUGGGGAUAAAUUACCAGUGUUUGUGCAACAUGGAAUUGCCGAAAAUUCGGGCGCUUGGGCUGAUAAAGGCAACCGAUCUUUGGCUUAUAGGCUUGUGGAGGAAGGACAUGAUGUGUAUUUAGGAAAUCUGAGAGGUUCAAUCUUUUCAAACAAACAUGUCAAAUAUUCAGUUAACGAUCCCAGAUAUUGGAAUUUUAAUUUGGACAUAAUGGCAGCAAACGACCUAAGAUCAAUGUUAAAUUUUGUGGCCAAAAGCACCGGCUCAAAAAUCCUGUACAUUGGCCACUCUAUGGGAACAACCUUAUCGUUCAUGUAUUCGUCCGAGUUUAGCAAAGAAGCGAGUCAGAUCCUUCAGGGAAUUAUCGCACUAGCACCAGUUGGAUUUUUGAACGGAGUCCCAAUUAUAGAACUGGCUAGACCAAUCGGAAUCCCACUUCUUGACGUGUUAUCCGUGUUACACAUUCGGGGACUUUUGUACCAGGAAAAAAUUAUCCACAAAUUGAUAAAUGUCCUUUGCAAGAACGCAGUUCCUGAGAUUUGUUACGGGUUUUUCAGCCUUGCCACUGGACCAACUAAACAAUUCUUGCCUGAAGACAUGUUGACGUUUUUGAGCUACUGGCCGAGUGGUUUAUCCAUUUACCAACUGAAACACUACUUACAAAUCGGUGCGAGUAAAAAAUUUCAGAAAUACGAUUACGGCCGUAUUGGUAAUUUGAAACACUACGGUUCUUUCAAACCCCCUAGUUACAAACUCAAGGAUAUUAAAGUCCCCAUCUCGCUAAUGUACGGCGAAAAUGACAUUCUUUUCAGGCAAAAAAACGUGGACCGAUUAUUUCACGAAAUUGGCUCUCACAGUAAAAGCAAGUAUGCAAUUUCGGCCGGUCGGCAGGGUUAUUCUCACAUUGACUUUGUUUAUGCCAAAAACUUGGAGGAUGAUUUGUACCAGUUGAUGUUUGAUGUUUUAAGCUCGCAAAUGGGAAGCGCCAAAUAAUUUUUUAAGCAACAACGACUUGUCUGUUAUUAAGUGCAAUAAAGUAACCGCAUUGAUGACACUUU